UUUCUGGAAAUGAAGCUGCAGAGCAAUUCGGCCGCGGAGAUCAUCGCGAGUAACGAGGAUCUCGUCUCCGAGAUUCUCCUGCUCGUGCCCGCCAAGUCCCUCGUCCGGUUCAAGUGCGUCUCGAAGCGGUGGCUCUCGAUUAUCUCCGGCACCCACUUCUCUCGCCGCCACGCUCGCCUCCACGCCAACUCCAAAGUCUCCGGCGUCUUCCUCCGCAGGACCCCCUCGGAACACCAAUUCCUGCCGCUGGGCGCGGAUUCCCUUUCUGGGUGUCCGUUCAAGUGCCUCGAUUUCGUCCUCGACCCUGCGGGUCUGAAGAUCUUGCAGUCUUGCAAUGGCUUGCUCUUGUGCUGUAGCUUCCGCAAGAUCGGGUGGCAACGUAAUUACUACGUCUUUAAUCCGACGACGAGGCAAUACGUGAUGCUUCCCCAUUUGGGGGGUGCUUCCUCUUGUGUUACUACUGUUUAUGGAGUAAGUUUGGCCCUUGAUCCUUCGAAAUCAUCUCACUAUGAUGUUGUUUGCGUUAGGAGCACCGUCGAAUCUGCGUACUUUUAUCAAAUUGAGAUUUACUCGUCUCGAGACCGUGAGUGGAGGCUUUCUGGGUCUCCUUUUGUCGCUCCUUUUGAUAUGGUGUUCGACAAUGGUGUCUUUUGGAAUGGUGGGGUUCAUUGGAUUAGCCCAACAGGGGCUUCCCUGUGCUUUGAUGUGAAGAAAGAGCAGUUUGGGACGAUGCCAAGACUUCCCAUUUCAGCGAAUCGGGGGAGUAGGAGGUUCAGGUAUUUUGGGGAGUCUCGUGGCCAUAUGCAUUUUUUUGAGAUAUAUGGGUCACGGACCGCUCAAUUUAAGAUUUUUGAGUUGGAAAAGGAUUAUUCUGGGUGGUUUGUUAAAUAUCAUGUGGAACUUGAUUCUAUCGUGAGAGCUUUCCCAGAAAUGGUACUCGAUUACAUGGAUCCAGGCUAUACGAAUUAUUAUGCGUUUGUUAUGCUUCAUCUGGUCAGAGAAGGAUACAAUGAGGAGUCAUUGCUGUUAGUUCAUUUGCCAGGUAAAAUCUUGACAUAUAAUGUUGGUGACAAGACUUUCAGGAAGCUUUAUGAGAUACCAGCUGAUCAAUCUAAAGGGUAUGGCUCAUUACAAUAUGGGUGGCUUGAUGCUUAUGAAUUUACCGAGACAUUAGCUCCUGUUUGAUGCGGAUCGCUUUCCUGGUUGAUAUUUCUGAUCUUGUAAAUCUGCAAGUUUCUUUCAGCUUCCC